UUCCGGAUUGGACGCGCCCGAAAUCCCGGGGCGGGGAACAGAGGCCGAACGAUCUUGGAGAUUGGCCACGGUGGCGGAUGGACUUGCGGCCGACGGAGCUGGUUCGCCGGCGGCUCCGGCUGGGUGGAGGGCGGGCCGCUUUCCUUGGUCCCCUGGCAGUCAUUGGCUCCCUGCGGUUUCCUUGGGGACGUGGCGCCGCCGGCCAUCCAGGCCUUCUUCCGGCUGAGCUAGAGGCCGCGGGGAGCCUCUCUGGACCGAGCGAAGCGGUGGUGCGGGAGCUGGCGGGCCGCCCGACCUGUGAGUGCUGCAGACUUAGGAGAUGCCUGGGACAAGGAGGCCACCUUCUCAGGGCAGAAGGAAAAGGAGGUGACAGGCGUUGAAACCACUGAAGGGAACCCAUGGCUAGGAUCAGUUUUUCCUACCUCUGCCCAGCCUCCUGGUACUUCACUGUGCCCACAGUGAGCCCAUUUCCCCGUCAGCGGGUGGCAUUCCUAGGACUCUUCUUCGUAUCCUGUCUCCUUUUACUUAUGUUAAUCAUGGACUUUCGACAUUGGGGUGCUUCGUUACCACGAGACAGGCAAUACGAAAGGUAUUUGGCUCGAGUCGGAGAGCUUGAAGCUACUGACACUGAAGACCCAAAUCUAAAUUAUGGACUUGUUGUGGACUGUGGCAGCAGUGGCUCCCGGAUUUUUGUUUAUUUCUGGCCAAGACAUAAUGGGAACCCCCAUGAUUUGCUGGACAUCAAACAGAUGAGAGACCGCAACAGCCAACCAGUGGUUAAAAAAAUCAAGCCAGGAAUCUCUGCAAUGGCAGACACUCCAGAACAUGCCAGUGAUUACCUUCGUCCUCUGCUGAGCUUUGCUGCUGCUCAUGUGCCUGUGAAGAAGCACAAGGAGACCCCCCUUUACAUCCUAUGCACAGCAGGCAUGAGGCUUCUCCCAGAGAGGAAGCAGUUGGCUAUCUUGGCUGAUCUCGUGAAAGAUUUACCCCUGGAGUUUGACUUCCUCUUUUCACAGUCUCAGGCAGAAGUGAUCUCUGGGAAGCAGGAAGGGGUUUAUGCAUGGAUUGGAAUCAACUUUGUUUUGGGAAGAUUCGACCAUGAGGAUGAAUCAGAUGCUGAGGCUCCCCAGGAAUUGGCAGCAGGACGCAGAAGGACAGUAGGUAUACUGGAUAUGGGAGGAGCCUCUCUCCAAAUUGCUUAUGAAGUUCCUACCUCAACCUCUGUCCUUCCUCCACAACAGGAAGAAGCUGCGAAGAUCCUGCUGGCUGAAUUCAACCUGGGCUGUGACGUACAACACACUGAACAUGUGUAUAGGGUUUACGUCACGACCUUCCUGGGUUUUGGGGGCAACUUUGCCCGGCAGCGCUAUGAAGACCUUGUGCUGAAUGAAACUCUUAACAAAAACAGGUUGCUGGGCCAGAAGACAGGUCUGAGUCCCGACAACCCAUUUCUGGAUCCCUGCCUGCCUGUGGGCCUCACAGAUGUGGUGGAGAGGAACAGCCAGGUGCUGCAUGUCCGAGGAAAAGGAGACUGGGCGACUUGUGGGGCAAUGCUGAGCCCCCUGCUGGCUCGCUCCAACACCAGCCAGGCCUCACUGAAUGGCAUCUACCAAUCGCCAAUUGACUUCAACAACAGCGAGUUCUAUGGUUUCUCUGAAUUUUUUUACUGUACAGAGGAUGUGUUGCGCAUUGGUGGCCGCUACCAUGGGCCAACAUUUGCCAAGGCUGCUCAGGAUUACUGUGGCAUGGCUUGGUCAGUACUCACUCAGAGAUUCAAGAAUGGCCUCUUUUCAUCACAUGCAGAUGAGCACCGACUCAAAUAUCAGUGUUUUAAAUCAGCUUGGAUGUACCAAGUCCUUCAUGAAGGAUUCCACUUUCCCUAUGACUAUCCAAACCUGCAGACAGCCCAGCUGGUAUAUGACCGAGAGGUUCAGUGGACGCUGGGAGCCAUUCUGUAUAAAACACGAUUCUUACCACUCAGGGAUCUACGGCAGGAAGGUGUCCGACAGGCCCAUGGUAGCUGGUUCCGUCUCUCCUUUGUCUACAACCACUAUCUCUUCUUCGCCUGCAUCCUGGUGGUGCUACUGGCCAUCAUCCUGUACCUUUUGCGGCUACGCCGAAUUCACCACCGACAAACUCGAGCUUCAGCUCCAUUGGACAUGCUGUGGAUCGAAGAGGUGGUGCCCAUGAUGGGGGUACAGGUGGGCCCGUGAGGCCAGACAAGGACUAGGCAAGCUCGAGUACUCCAGAGUCGCAGCUCAUUAAAUUCCACCACUUUCUUGUACUGGCCUCAGAUGCUGCUUUGCCUAACCGUGUGGAUAUUUGGCCCUGGAAUUUCUACUUUAAUUCCUUCUCAAUGUCCAGGUCCUCUUCUCUGAGAGAAGCUGUAAUUUAGUCUGUGAAGAAUUAAAUAAUGAGAGAUUGGUGCUAACAAAGGGGACCAACCUUAGUCCAAUUGAAGCAUGCUUCUCCUUUAUCUGAGAGGUCUGGUGUGUUCCUGGGAUCUAGACUUUUCUCUCCUUGCUAAAGCAUGAAGUUUGGCAUUGGGCACAUUGGAAGCCUGGUUAAAACCAAACUUACAGCAUCUGAUACAAAGCUGAAGACAUUCUAGCAAGUGCAGCAGCCGCUUCUUUCUCUGUAACAGAGAGAUCAUUUAUGUGGAGAUCCACAGCCUUUAAUAGGAAUCCCAAAUCUUUGCAGUUCAGUGGAACAGAUGAAUUUCCAGGCAACCAAAAUAACACAACUUCCUUGCUUACUUGACAAAGAAGCCAUUUUGAGUGUGGUCCAAGAUCCCUGAUGUUAGCUUGUGAUUUUAAAAGGUUAGAACCUCUUCUAAAUUAAUGGUCCAUUGAAGAUUUUGACAUUAUCUUAUCUGAUGCCUGGUAUGACCAGGAUAGAAAAUUUUUCCAUGUCUAUGUGCCUCACAGGCUAUUUGGGCAUUAAUUUUACUUUUUGAGCCUUAAGUGUGCUUGUAGGAUGGAGAAACUGUAAUGGGGAUUGGAGACCUGAAUUUGUCUAGUUUCAGGUCACUAUCCUCUAGGCCUAUUUUUAUGAGCCCUUAGGCAGGAAGAUU